AUGGGGCAUGUGCUUUUUUGUGCUGUCGUGAGAUAUUAAGAUCUGCAGUUGCAUUAUUUCCCGUGUUUUUGAAAGUGUUUUCAAAAAUGGCUUUGUCACGAAGAAAGUUCAUGGAGGAAGGAAAACGACAACUGAGAAUGAAGCUGCUGGAUAUUGAAGAACGAGAAAAACAAAUGUACCAAUAUGUCGCAGAUCUUAUUAAACCAGCGUCAACUUGUGCAAGAAAGUUACUUUCUGAAUCCGACAAAAACAAGUUUUAUAGAAAUUACAAAGAGGUUAGCUCGUCUGUGACGAAAUGUCUGGACACAUUAUGGAUAUUAUGUGCAUCAUUACUAUCAGAUGAAACUGAUACUGAUGGCAAUGGGAAUACCAGUAACACUAGCAGUUCAAGCGAUACAGAUGAUGUCCAGUCAGUUAGUACUCCAAGAAAAAUUGGAACACGAUGUAAAGCUGAUUUUAGAAACAAAGUCACAAAAUUCUAUGAUGAUGCUUUAGUAGGGAGUAUUAUGCAGGAUUGUAAAGCCGCCAAACAUGUAAAAAUCGUAAAACCUCGUAAUUUGAAUUACGUAAAAUCUCCCCAAAUGAGGAAAGAUGAAAUAUUUGCUGCAGAAGAAAAAGAUACGAAGAAGAAAUUUAAAUCAAAUUGUGUUGAAGGCGAGGAGAUGCCAAAAACUGGUGAAUGUGAUUUGAAAUCUUCUCAAAAAGAGAUAACCUCUGAACGUGAUUUGAAAUCUUGUCAGGAAGAGAAAGCUUCUGAACAUGAUUUGAAAUCUUGUCUGAAAGAGAAAAGUGGUGAAUGUGAUUUGAAAACUUGUCUGAAAGAGAAAAAUGGUGAAUGUGAUUUAAAAUCUUUUCAAAAAGAGAAAGCGUCUGAACAUGAUUUGAAAGCUUGUCAAGAAGAGGAAGCUUCUGAAAGUGAUUUGAAAUCUUGUAUGAAAGAGAAAAAUGGUGAAUGUGAUUUGAAAUCUUUUCAAAACGAGAAAGCAUCUAAACAUGAUUUGAAAGCUUGUCAAGAAGAGAACCCUUCUAAGAUUGUCAGUCCCAAGAGAGAAAAAAAAGAAGAUAAUGAUAUGAAGACCAAAGAUGGAAAGAUAAAACAAUCUCCAGCUAGAAGUGUUUAUGAAAUUUCUGUUAGUAGUCCAGAAGUGUGGAGUACAGAUGAAUUGAUUUUUUGUGAUGCAGAAACUCCAGAAAAGUUUAGUCCUAAAAGUCCAAGGAUGCAAGUAGAAAUAAAAUCCAGUCCAGUUUCACAGAAAGGAAUGUGGAUAGAGAAGAAGCAGGAAAUAUUAUCCUGGCUGGAAAAUAGUGAUAUUGGAAAAAGUACCGACUUAUUUCUUACUUACCAUAGAGAGGAUAUCAAAAGUGAUUUUCAGGAUAAUACUAAAGAGUCGACUCGUGUUGACAAUCUUAGUAUGGCUUCAUUGCAAGAAAGAGAGCACCAGGUGCAUCCAGCAAAGCCAAAAAUUGAAUCUGAUGAACAUACAAAAUGUAAUAAACCGGUUGCCACAAAGCAUAAUGAAAACAGAUCUGAUAUUUGCCUUGUAGAAACGAACAGCACAGAAUGCACUGGUACUGAUAAAGAGUUUCAAAAUAUGCAGAUAACAGUGUUUGAUAUUCCUUCUGAUGAGAAGAAGUGUUGUAAUCAAAAUGAUGAAGUGGUUUCUGAUGUUGAGUUGAUUGAGAAACAACUUGUGGUAGAUGACAAAACUGAAGCUACACCAGACGAUGAAAGUGUUUUAUUGGAUGAAAUACAUAAAUGUGGCACUUCACUAAAGUGUCGCAAUAAAAGACAACAGUUCUAUGAUGCUGCAUGUAUGAUUUCAAAGAAAGUAAAACUUGAUGUUCCUAAAACAGAAUUUCAAAGUAAAGCAGUGUCUGAAGAAAAGGUGAAAAAUGCUUCACCAAGAAUACCAUCACUCACCUUUCGACAUGAUAUACCUUAUACCGAAUUAGCUGCAGAUGAACACAGACUAAAUGGAUCUAUCUACGUUGGAAUGAUAGUUGCAGGCUGUUUUAGUGUUGAUGACACAUGGUACAGAGCUAAAAUUAUUGCUAUUCAUCCAAAUACUACUGAUGUCACUGAAAUAAGUUCAUCAAAUAUUAGUUGUGCAAGUCCUACUUCAUCAGAAUGUAGUUCAUCUGUAUAUGAACACUCUGCACUUAAUGAUAAUACUGAAGUUGAUGUGUUAUAUAUAGAUUAUGGUAAUAAGGAAAGAUUGCUAUUAAAGAGACUUAGAGUACUUCAAGAAGAGUUUACAAAAUUGCCAUCUCAAGCUGUGUGCUGUUGUUUGGCGCAGGUACGUCCUCCUAAUGGGUCUAAAUACUGGUUGAAUGAACAGAUUCUUUACUUUAAUAAUCUGGUGUAUGGUAAAUCAUUACAUGGUGUGAUUUCUACAGUUCCUGGAAGCCACCUUUUCUCCAUUGAUUUGAGUUUCUCAUCUCCUGCUGUUCAAGUUGAUACGAGCAAUGAUUCUAAACUGAUUCCAAUGAUGCAGUUCAACAUUGCCCAAUUGAUGAAGCAAACUGGAAAUGCUGAUAUUGUCGAAGGGGUUUUAGACAUGAGUAAAAUCAAAACCGUGAUCACAGGGACUGAUGGUGAAGAUGUGGAAACCAAAGCAUCAUUGAAUUUGGAGCAAGCCAAUGUCAAAGAUCUAUCCCGAUUACCAAUUGAGAAUGAUGAAUCACUGAAUAAAAAUGAUCACAAGACCUUAAAACAAACUCCGAAACCACCUAAACAUACCUUUGAUGGUACUGUACUGAAUGAGCGACAGUGCACACAGCAGUGUCCUGAUGAAAAGUUGGUAGAGCCAUUGCAAAGCUGCUUGAGCAGUAUAAAUGAUGAUAAAGGUGGUAGAUCACAAGAAAAUCAGGUGGUCAAACAGAACUUGCAGAUUUCCAGUUCCUGUGAAACUGAGACUGGUUUUUCUGAAAGAAUAACUCAGGAACACAAGAAGAAGGAAGCUGAUGUGCAGAUUAUUGAUUCAUGUGAAACACAAGUUGCCAAGUGUAAAAUUAAAACUUCAGAAAUUAUACAGCAAGAUGAUGUGCAAGAAAGACAGAUGAAAGCUUCUUUGGGUUCAAGGUUGUUUAGUGAAACAAAUGUUGCCGAGAAUAAAAUUGAAACUUCAGAAAUUAUUCAGCUAGAUGAUGUGCAGAUGAAUCCUUCUUUGAAUUCUAGAUUGUUACGCUCUACGGAAGAAGACGUUGAUUUGUCAGUGACACCUCAGGUCCAUACCAAUACUUCUUUCGAUCUUUCAGGUGUGAAGGUCAAAGCUCGUCAAAAUAUGGCUAAAAGUGUUUUAAGUACUUCACAACAGUCUAGCCCCCGGGUUGUCAAAUUUCAUAGCGUUAAUAGAGGCAACAUUAAACCUCUUCGAAAACCUGUUGUGUAUCAGCAACUCAAGAAAGUACCAUUAGAAAUGGGUCCUGGUGGAGAUAUACACGUGGUAAUGUCACAUAUCAGCACCCCUGCAGAGUUCUAUGUUCACGUGGUAACCAGCCAUUCAAGAAAAUUAGAUUACUUCAUUGAAGAAAUGAACGACCAUUAUAAGAAUUUGAAUUGUGACCAAUAUAUGCCACAUGUUGGAGAGAUCUGCUGUGCUAACUUUGAUGAAGAUGGUGGAUGGUACAGAGCUCAGGUAAAGGACAUCAUGCAGAAGAAUGGUUCACAACUUAUCAAAGUUUUCUAUGUUGAUUUUGGAAAUGUAGAGUUGGUUCCUGUCACCAGCAUUCGUAAACUUGAUAAAAAUUUCAUGGAAUUUCCUGAGCAAGUUUUGAAGUGUUGCUUAGAGGAUGUACACCCAUUGUCUCAUGAUGCAAAUGAUAAUACAAUUAUUGACAGAUGGUCUAGGGGUACUAUUGAGAAAUUUAAAGAGUUGACUGGAUACCGCCAAUCUUUAUACCUACGUAACUGGGCAUGGAGGGGCAGUGUGCUGUCAGCCAUUCUGUUCAAUUUUGAUGGGUUAAAUAUAAACCAAGAACUUGUUAAUUAUAGGUUAGCUACAUCCACUACUCUGAAGAAAGGUUUAUCAAUCAGAGAUGACAGUCAGAGUAAUGCAGAUACUUGUGAUAGUGGUAAUGGGUGUAGUCAAAGUAUUAGUGUAGGUAGUGACAAUGAUGUUGGGUCAGGCAAUGCUAGUUUUGAUAGUCUCGCAGAUUGGGAUCCAAUGUCAAUGCAUUUCCUCUCAGAAAGUAAUAGUUAUGCUUUGGACAUGGAUGAUCCGGGUGUUGCAACUGUUGGAUAUAAAUCUAACAAUAAAAGUGCAGUAUGUAAAUUCUUUUACAAUGGAUAUGUAUGUUAUCGAGGAGAAGCAUGCCCAUAUGAGCAUAGUUUACCAGGAGAGUCAUCUGAAGACCGCUUAGCUGUACUUCGUUCAUCUAGCACUGUAGUAUUACCUAAAGAUGACAGUUGGGUUCAUGUAGAAAUUACUGCUAUCCAUGAUCCUUUACAUUUCUGGGUUCAACUGCCAUAUGGUAACAAGUCAUUAGAUCAGAUAAAACAUGAAGCUGAAGAAGGUGUGUCUGACAGUGGUGUUGAUGAUGAAGAAGGUAGUAGCUUCCAGGAUUUAAUGAAAAGUAUAAACGCUCAUUAUAAGAAUUCUGUAUACAAGGAUGCUGAUUCUGAUACAUUACCACCUAGACGGGGUGAAAUAGUAUGUGCACAGUUAACUGCUGAUAACAAAUGGUACAGAGCUUUAAUAACUGAUGUACUGGUGGAAAAAGAGAAAGUUAAGGCGUUUUAUCUUGACUAUGGCAACAGUGAAUUCCUGCGAUUUUGUAACAUAAGGACUAUUUUACCUGAGUUCCUGCUGUUACCAUUCCAAGCUGUUGAAUGUUUCCUUUUUGACCUGGAGCCAUUGAACAAAGGAAAGGAGUGUAAAUGGUCUAAAAAAGUUGUUGCAAAAUUUGAAAAAGAAGUUGUUAAUAAAACUCUGGAGGCAAACGUGGUAUGUAGCAGCUGUAAUGUGAUGUAUAUUAAUUUGUACAGUACAACAGAUGACAAGGACGUUUUCAUAAACCAGUGGCUGAUUGAAAAAGGAUAUGCUAAGAAGCAAGUCAAAAAUCCUCCCAAAUCUGGCGACGGCAACAUUAGUAAAUGUGAGAGUGACGAAUAUCUACGACCUGGUUAG